CGUUAUUGUUUUUGUAUGCAUUUGGUCUGUGUGUUGUGUUGUUUAUCUUCUUCUUCUUCAACCCGACCAAAUACACAUCCGACGGGGAAAAAGAGUUCCGACAAGAAUCGAGAACUGAAAGAUUUGUCAUUUGUCUCUCAAAUAUCUGUGGAGAGAAGAGAAAUUGGAAUAAAGAAGACAGUGUUGUGAGAGAGAGAGAGAGAGAGAGAGAUGAGUUCGUCUCUACCUCUGAGGCUACUUCUUCCUCUUACAACUUCUCUGAUUUCUCCUCCUCCUCCUCCUCCAGAUUCUUUCCAUGCUCCUUCGUCGUUCAGAUCGAAAAACCCUAAUUUCAAACGCCGAUUGUCUUCUUCUUCCUGUUGUUCUUCCCAGUCGCAGCUUUUCUCUGGGAGAUGCAGAUCCUAUUCGCGGUGUGUUACCAUGUGCUUACCAGAACACAUGAGAAAUCAAGAGAACACAGAAAUCUUGACAGAUAAAGAUGACCACAUUGAAUGUGUGCUUGAAUCGGAUGAAGAUUCUGGCCUCAGGAUUCCGACUCAAGCACAGGCUAUCGUUGAAGGAUCUGGUUCAGUUGCAGUGUCAGAGCUAAAACCCGCUGCUGAUGUAGAUUACAUACAAGAGCUAUUGGCGAUACAGCAGCAAGGUCCUAGAUCAAUUGGCUUCUUUGGGACAAGAAAUAUGGGUUUCAUGCAUCAAGAACUGAUUGAGAUACUUAGCUACGCCAUGGUUAUAACCAAAAAUCAUAUAUACACAUCAGGUGCAUCUGGAACUAAUGCUGCAGUCAUCAGAGGUGCAUUGAGAGCAGAGAGACCAGAGCUGCUUACAGUAAUUCUACCCCAAAGUUUGAAAAAACAACCUCCUGAGAGCCAAGAACUAUUGUCUAAAGUACAAAACGUGGUAGAAAAGCCACAUAAUGACCAUUUGCCAUUGUUAGAAGCCAGCAGGUUGUGUAAUAUGGACAUCAUAUCACAAGUUCAACAAGUGAUCUGCUUCGCGUUUCAUGACAGUAAGCUUCUUAUGGAGACAUGUCAAGAAGCCAAAAAUCUGCGCAAGAUUGUCACUCUCUUCUACCUCGAUUGAUUCACAUUCACUCUUUAUUUUCUUCUCGUUACAAAACAGAGAAGAUAAUCCUCCUUGUAAAUUAUGAAUCUUGAUUAAACAAACACACACAACCACAAUUAUAUUCUUUUGUCUAAAUUUUGAUACACAUCAGUGCUAUUUUUAUAGGAUUAUUUCUCAACUACUAUUCGUCA